AUGUCCGCCGCCAAAUCUCGCGCCCAGCAGCUCAUCAACGACAACGCUGUUGUUGUCUUCUCCAAGUCUUACUGCCCCUACUGUGACUCCUCGAAGAAGCUCCUCGAUGGCUUGAACGCCAAGUACACUACUCUUGAGCUGGACCUUGAGGAAGAGGGGUCUGCUAUCCAGGCUGCCCUCGCUGAGAUCUCCGGCCAGCGCACCGUCCCCAACAUCUUCAUCCAGAAGAACCACAUCGGUGGUAACUCCGACCUCCAGGCCAAGACCGACCUGAAGGAGCUUUUGCAAGCCGCCGGUGCCGUUUAA